GUUGCAUUAGUCAAGCGAUCCACAUGAAUGCCACCGGCUUACUUUUGCUGAUGGGACUGGCGUUGUCUCUGCAACUUAUCCUUAUGGGACCUACGAGCUGUGCUCCCGUGUCCGAUGAUCUGGAAUCGCCUUCGUCGAUCAAGGAGAUAGGCGGCUUAGCGGCGUUUGCCUACACCCGCAAAAAAGUGGCAAAGACACCACCCAAGACAAACCUUAUAAUGCCUCCUUCAAAAAAUAUGACACGGCGCCAGCGUAUGGAAUACGCCGACGACUGCGAGCCACUGGGAAUGGUGUGCAAAUUCGCCGAACAGUGCUGCACCAAAGCCUGUAUGGUGGCCACAAGGCGGUGCGCCUUCGUCGGAAGUUGAGACAUAAGAAAUUAUUUUGUUGGCCCGAUCUUAGCCAUUAAACCAUAGAUUAUAGCCAGAGGUGGAGCAGUAACGUAAAUCCCUGUUAUUGUUCGUUGUUUGCAAUGCCCACUGUAUCAAAUUGUCAUCUACAUACAUACAUAUUACAUAUAUUUGCUUACUCACGGCAACAGCCUCGAUCUGACCCCGUCUUGGAUCGAGGUAACCCUGUAUUGCAUUUUAAACACCACAAUGAACUUUGCACAUACUAAACAGAACGAUCAUCGGACCUGUAUUAAAAACACCAAACUGAAAAAUCUCAGUAGCGCAACAUAGUAA